AUGCCCGCUCACCCAGAUGCCGAUUUGUAUCCCACGGCGACUGGACCAGCUAAGGAUCUAGUUGACCAGCACCAGACUGAGCAGUCAGUGAAGCUCUACGCAGGAUGGUUUUGCCCUUUCGGUAUGCUAUCACAAAUCCAACGCGUCUGGCUAGCCCUCGAGGAAAAGCAGAUUCCAUAUCAAUAUAUCGAGGUUAACCCCUACGAUAAACCAGAUUCUCUUCUCAAGCUCAAUCCGCGAGGACUGGUGCCUACUCUGCAGGUUCCCGACCCAAAGGACUCAUCUAGUCCUAAGCCACUAUAUGAAUCCAACAUUGUCCUCGAAUACCUUGAAGAAGCCUUCCCCGACAACAAGCCGCACUUCUUACCCAAGGACCCCUACGAAAAGGCUCGCGCCCGGAUUUGGAUCGACUAUGUCACGUCGCGUGUGAUUCCCGCCUUUCAUCGCUUCCUCCAGUACCAGCCGGGUCCAAAUGACUCGAAGGGGGACGCCGUCACAGGACUCGAUAAGCUUCGCGCCGAGUUUCGUGACCAUUUGAAGACAUGGAUUAAAGAAGCAGAUCCAGAAGGACCUUACUUUUUGGGGAAAGAUCUUUCUCUACCAGAUCUUGUAUUAGCACCGUGGGCUGUUCGGCUAUGGGUGUUUGAAGAAUAUAAAGGGGGAUUGGGGCUGCCUGCCGAAGGGUCUGGGGGUGUCGAUGAGCUGGUCUGGCAGCGUUGGAGAAAGUGGCUGAAAGCCGUGGAAUCGCGGAAGAGUGUUCAGCAGACGACUAGUGAGAAACAGCAUUAUCUGCCGAUUUAUAAACGAUAUGUGGAUAACGUUGCACAGAGUGAACUGGCUAAGGCGACUCGAGCUGGACGGGGCGUACCUUGA